CUAUCUUCAUAUAUAUUUUGAUUUUGAUUUAAUCUUUUUGAACUUGAACUUUAGUUACAGUCAAUUUAGUGUAAAAUCCUUAGAAUAUAAAAGAACGGUUGAUUUUAAAGAAAGGUUUAUUUUAUAUUCUAAGGUAAAAUCAAUGAAUAUAGAUAAAAAAUUAUUAUUGGUAAAAUUGGUCUAAAUAUUAUAAGUAUGUAAGUACUCUAGACAUAAAAUCAAGUGUAUAUAAUUGGAAGGAAAACAAGAAAUUAGCCAGGAAACGCGAACAAUACAAAUAAAAUAUAAUCACUUGGAUGAUGCUGUUUUUAUGGCUUUAAAUGUGAAGUUCAGGAGGAAUCCAGUAAGCAAAGUACUCAUAACAUACAUGGUUCUUUAGACUUGAAACAAAUGUACCAUAAAUACUGAAAUAGACCAGUUUCUGAAAUACAAGGAAAGACUUAACCAACUCAAAGAAAACCAAAACAUUUGAGAAAGGCAAGCAUUUAAAAAUGGAUAGCAGUGAAUCGCUGUUGAUGUUAGCAAUAGACCGUGAGGACUGCGCCGAAGUUGCCAGAUUACUAGACAAGGGUGUGAAUAUAAAUUAUAUAGAACCGACGACAGGAUAUUCACCAUUACACAGAGCUGUAGAAAGGGAAAAUUUCGAGAUAGUAGAACUCUUACUUAAAAGAAAUGCCAAUGUUAACGCCCGUGCACGCGUCGAUGCAGUUCCGCCUCCGUUUAUUGUACCGCCGCCUUUACACAUGGCAGCUAUGUCAGGACGUCUUGAUGUGGUAACAUUGUUGAUCUCAUAUGGUGCAUCUUUAGAAACCAAAAAUAUAUUUGGAUUACUACCGAUACACAUAGCAGCACAAGGAGGAUAUCUUAAUAUAGUUAAAUACUUUAUAGAUAAUGAAUUGUACCAUGUUGAUACUUGUAAUAUCAACCUUCGGACGCCUUUAAUGUAUGCUGUCGCGGCGUGUCACACAGAAAUUAUUGAAUAUUUACUUCAAUGCAAUGCCGAUGUUAGGAAAGCAGAUGUGUAUGACAGAACAGCUUUGCACUGUGCAUGUGAGGUAAAUCUUGAAAAUGUUAUCGAGAUAUUAAUCGGAAAAGGUUCUAGCCUCGAUGUUAAAACGUCCAGUGGAGAAACACCUCUACAUAUAUGCGUUAGGAAGGGAUACCUUGGAGCAACAAAGCGCCUUGUAGAAAGCGGGGCAAGGUCUUAUCUAGAACGAGGUGAUAGUGGCAACAGCCUAAUACACUUAGCGGCUCAGUGCAAUCAAAAAGAAAUGCUGGAAUAUUUCUUCAAAAUGGGAAUUAGUGCUGAUUUUCAGACAGUAGAUGGCUACUCUUUGUUGCAUGACGCUGCUACAUUUGGCCGAUUACAAAUGGUUAAGUUUUUACUUAAAAAUGGAGCAAAUAUCGAGGGUAAAAUUAUUUCUAGUGGCACUACUGCUUUACAUUUAGCUUCAAGUUCUAAUCACUAUGAGGUUAUAAAAGUUUUAUUAACGAAAGGAGCUGAUGUAAUGGCAAUAGAUAUAGAAGGUCGAAGACCAUUGGAUUAUUUGUAUGAAUAUCUUAAUUCUGAUUCAAAAUCAAUAUUUUAUAUGAAACAUAGUUGGAGACUGUUAGUAACACACAUGUUAUUAUUUUACAAGAAUAUAGAAGUGCCAGUGCCUAGAAAAUUUUUUUAUCUAAACAAAUUUAAACAGAAGUGCCAAGAAGAAAUCGAACAAAUGAAAACUUGUGUGAUAGAAAAUACCUCGGUGUCCUUAUAUAUCUUUUUACAAGCCUUACGUAAUAAAACUAAAUUAUUACAUUUUUUACGCAACCACGAAUUACAAGAAGAAAUGAACAAUAUUAAGCAGUAUAUUGACAAAUAUCCGAUUUACUCUAGCCUUUUGCCAAUGGUCUUAGACAAAGUACGUAACGGUAAGGAAAGACUACUAUUACUGGAAAAAGCUGGUACUGCAAUGGAUAUCAUUGUUCCAGAACUUAUAUUCGAGUGUAAAAUAAACAUCUUGCAAAUGCUAAACAAUGAGGACCUUUCUAGACUAAUCGAAUCUGUAAAAAUCGAGUUUUAUUAGCCAUGUUUUUAGUCAUUAUUUUUCUUCCACGUUGACUGCUUUACUUUUACUUGUUCAUCGAUAGCACUUUCUGUACUUAUUUUAUUACUCUCACCUCACUGACUACACACACAUGUUUUUUAACAAAAUAUUUUUAUACUAUUUAGAUCAUUUCACAGUGGUCGAUAUAAACUUUUUAUUUUAACCCACGUAGAUAGAUAGAUAGAUUUAUUUAACUACUUUACAAAAAAUUUGUUUGUAGCAAGUCAAAAUUACAAGGUAUAUAAAAUAGAAAUAUAAAACAUAACUUAUAAAUAUCACAAACAAGAACAUAGAUUAACAAAAAAAUAUUUUGUGUCACGGUAAGCAUUUCAGUAGAUGUUCUGCAAUGAGUCAUAUAUUCUUCCGAGCAAUAAAAGCAAUGUUUCAACAGAUACCUUUUUAUGACUUUUUUGAAACUGUUACAGCUUAUCUGUUUAAUAUCUUUUGGUAAAAUAUUGUAAUAGUUAUAAUUAAGACAAUUUUUAUCUGUAGGCACGUACUGUAGGUAUAUGAUCCAAUUUUUGAGUGCGUCAGAACAUUCCACGCAUAUUUCAUGUACAAUGUCCUAUAGGUACCUAUUGUCAUUAACUUUUUUGAAAAUAAUUUGUGAUUUAUUAUAAUAAUUAUCAAUAAAUAAAGAAAAUUAUUUGUUACAUA